CCAACCAGGCUGCACAGGAAGUACAGCAGGACCACAGACAUGCUUGCUAGUUAGCCGCUGGCUAGCACGGCGAGUAACUCCGUUUCUUACCAAACAUUAAACUAAGUAUUAUGUAAUUCGACAUUAUAUGUAAGUUUAUGGUUUUUAGGCGAGUGGUUUUGUCGAUGCUAGCACAAUGUCGGACAGAAAGCGGAAAAGAGAAAAGGAGGAAAGACGAGAACAUAAGAGACACAAAACACCCAAAGAGGAUUUUGAGAAACUCAAAACACACACGAAAAAACUCAACCAAGAAGUCCAGAAACUGAAGCACGUCGAGACUUUCUAUGAGAAACCUCCACCUGGAUACAUUAAGGAGCACGAGGAUAAACCAGAGGACUGUAUCCCUGCUGAACCAGGAAAUGAAGCAGCCAGGAGCUUCUUGGCUCACGCCCCCACCAGGGGGCUGUGGAUGCCUCUGGGGAAGGAGGUGAAGGUGAUGCAGUGUUGGAGAUGUAAGCGCUAUGGCCACAGGACCGGUGACAAGGAGUGUCCAUUCUUCAUCAAAGGCAACCAGAAACUGGAGCAGUUCAGAGUGGCUCAUGAAGACCCAAUGUACGAUGUCAUACGGGAAAACAAAAGGAAUGAAAAAGAAACAAGGAUCCAGCAGCUGCAGCAGCUACUUCAGGACACCACCUCAUCCUCCGAUUCAGACAGCUCCUCCUCUUCCUCGUCCUCCUCUUCAUCCUCUGACCACCAUCGCAAGAAAAGGAAAAAGAGGAAGGACAAAAAGAAGAAAGAGAAGAAGAAGAGGAAAGGGAAACGAAAGCACAAAUCAUCCAAAACCAGUGACUGCUCAGACUGAGUGUUUGGGACACUUGGGUAUCUGUUCCGGUGUACUACGUGGUAAAGCGUAGGAGAAAACUGUGAAUUAAGUAGCAGCAUAGCAGAACUUGAGCUGCGCCGCUCUGCAGAGUAAGAAUUGCACUCUAGGACAUUUUUAAGCCUUUUCUCUGCAGGUUAAACCCUGAAAACUGUAAACCCAGUGUGCAUGACUUCUCUCCCGGCUGACGACUCGCAUUAACAUCAUCUCUGUUAGCCACACAGCACAGGGUCGUAUGGAAACACUGCUUAAGUAAGUGUGUGCGCCAUGGUGCAUAUGUGUGUCAAAAAGCAUUAGCUGCAUGGGUAAUGAAUCUCAAGUGAUAUGAAAUGAGCCUGCUGCUCUAAGAGAUAAUGUUCUGUAAUAUGAAAGCAUGUCAGCAAAUACAGUGUGUUAUUAAGAGAUUGUAUUUUCCACCAUUUUUUUUACCCCAGGCUGUCUUGCUGCAUUUAGAUACUUUGAUUGUAGAGUGUGUUAAACGCCCAACAGUGGAAAAUUUUAAUUAAAUGUUUCAGAACUGUUUAGACUUUACUUUCCACACCAGCCUGAAUGUUUGAAUGCAUGUGACUAUACAUAAAUAUUUUGAAUUAUUUGAGGUUGGAAUAUGCUUAUUUGCUUUGAGAGAGAGAAAAAAAGCCAUGGAGAUGGGGAAAGAAUGUCUGUGAAUGUUUUGCCUUAUCCUGAGAAUAAAGAUAGCUCUUUCUCUCCAUG